AAAGCUGCUGGAUCGUUGUUUGGGCAAUGUCUUCUGCAAUGCAGCUGGACUCAGGCAGAGAUCCAUUUGCAAGCUUUAUUUAAAGUAAGCGUGGUCGUACAGGCAGGGUCAAGGCAGGGGCAAACAGGAACAGCAAGGGCUAUAGAGAAUUGUGGUCAGGGUACAGGCAGUAGAUCAGGGCAGGCAGAUAUCGUUCACAGUCCAGAUAUCAAAAACAGUCCAAAGGCAGAAGGCAGAGAAUCAUAAACAGGAAACAGGCAGGAUCAAUAACAGGAGACAAACGCUCAGAAUUGUCACAGGAGUAAACAAGACCUCGCAAUGAGGUAGUGUGUGAGUGAGUCUUAAAUAGUCCAGAGAAUGUGCUUAGCUGUAUGUGGCAAUGGGAGAUUGGUGUGGAGUGUGCAUGUGACUGGUAGGGAGUAUUAUGGGAAUUGGAGUCCGGAAUGAACGGGAACGUGACAGAGCACCUUUAAGAGUAAGAUAGCCGCAAAUAGGCCGUAAGGUGAAGCCAUUUUUCGUUUCAUCCCAUUCCCAUAUAUGGGGCACUAAAUUCUUUUCAUUCCAAUAAAAAGAUCUAUUGGUAUUGAGCGAGUAAAUAAAAGUUCUCCAUGUAUAAUCCUGCAGUUUAUUAUUUAUUAGUGUUUAAAGAGAAGUGGAUUUUUUUUUUUUUUUUUUUUAAUUAUACAGUUCAUCACCACCACGGCAGGUUAAAGAAAAAUACACCAGAGGAAUUGUGGCUUUGUUCCCUUACCUCAGUGACCCCUUCUCCAAAAAUGGCUAUGAGCAUUACUAUGAUAGUGAGAGUGGCACUGGGUACUUGGCGUGGCGAAUCAAGACUAUACAGAGAGGCUUGGCUAAAGAACGACGAGCAUCAUUUGAAGGACAAGGAUCACCUUCUGAGGGGAUGUCUGGUGGACCAACUGUAAGACGGGAGUCAGAGUUUACUCCAGAGAUUGUCUUGAGUGAGGAUGAAUGCAAGGAAGCAAUUGCGUUUAUGAAACAUUCUGCUGAUGAGGACACAGUCAAGAAGAAGAUGAAAUUGACAUUUGACUAUCGCCGCAAAUUGGUUCUGGACCCUAUGCAGUCAAGCGAUAUAUUGACAGUCUUUCCACGUUUCAAAGACGUUAAAGGCUUGAUUGAGCAAGACUUUGUUCUGAUGUUUGGAGAAGAAGUGUCAGGCAAGCUACUGGAGAAGUGGACAACUGCAUUCAAGAAAAAAGUGGUUCAGCAGUCCAGAAACCUUCCAACCACCAGUGAUGUAGAAGAACUCCUGCUAGCAGCUCAAUUUCCUGAUGACUCAGAAGAGGGUGUUAAUUUUGUUUGGGACUCUGACCUCUCUUCUAUACUACUGCUGUUGCAUCUGAUCCCACCUUCUGCCCAAGGCCGAAAGAGACCAGGAAAGGUGUCUGCCUCUCAAGCAGAGAAACAUCUUGUUGUCUUUAAGAAGAGUGGAACAAACAUUGAGGAGCAUCUUCGAAACAUCACUGCUAGUGCUCAGUCUUAUCUCCUGGCCGUGGGACCUCAGAAGAAUGCAGUUCACCAGUUCUUCAUCGUUCUCAAUCAGCAUGCCAUUCCAUGCAAGUCGACCUCUUCUCUUGGUGCCUUUGACGAACUGUUUAAGGCACACUUUGUGUUUGGCACAUCUUACAAUACUAUGCUACACAACAUGUACACUUUCAUUCAGACCACUGUGUACAACAUAGAUGUUGGCAAAGUGAAAGAGAGUCCUCGUGUUGCUGAGGUCAGAGCAAGGUUGCUUAGCUAGG